GGUCGCUCUAUUCGAAGGCGACGGCGGUUGGUCGGUCGUCUGUGUGUUUGUCCUCUUCUUAACUCCAAAAACGGACCCGGUACGGGCUGUCGGUUCUGAUCCAGUUGCGAGACGUGCGGGUGGUGAUUUGUUCGGUUCGGGAUUGCUGGGAUGAAGCGGAAUAUUUUUCAUUUGAAUCAGAUCGCUGGUGUAGUUUGAAGAAAGAGAGAGAGUGAGUCGGGCGGAGGAGCCAUUUUGUCCCGACUGUAAGAGAGAAAGAAAGAAAGACCGAUAUAAAACAACACAUAACAACACAAAAUACGCACGCCGGAAGUAAACGCACAUCCAUAAAGAUCUCCGUUGAAGUCUAAAAUAGACCACAGAGGGAAAUUAACGAAAUUAAGCUGUCGCGAGACUGACCCGUGUGUGUUUUUGAAUCACACACACGCGCACAAUCUUUCUUUCUUUAACACACACUCGGUGUCCAUCUGUUUAUCGUCAGUGUGUGUUUAUAAGGAGCUCAAAUGGCGAAGAAGACAUAUGAUCUGCUGUUUAAACUGCUCUUGAUCGGUGAUUCUGGAGUGGGAAAGACCUGCGUCCUGUUCCGUUUCUCCGAUGACGCCUUUAACACCACCUUCAUUUCCACUAUAGGAAUUGAUUUUAAGAUUAAAACAGUUGAAUUGCAAGGAAAGAAGAUAAAGCUACAGAUAUGGGAUACAGCAGGUCAGGAACGGUUUCACACCAUCACUACCUCUUACUACAGAGGGGCCAUGGGCAUCAUGCUUGUAUAUGACAUCACCAACGGCAAGAGCUUCGAAAACAUCAGCAAAUGGCUCAGAAACAUUGACGAGCAUGCUAAUGAGGAUGUCGAGAGGAUGCUGCUAGGCAACAAGUGUGACAUGGAGGACAAACGUGUCGUACCAAAAGCCAAGGGUGAACAGAUCGCAAGAGAACAUGGGAUUCGCUUCUUCGAAACGAGUGCAAAAGCCAACAUUAACAUCGAGAAGGCGUUCCUAACGUUAGCAGAAGACAUUCUUAAAAAGACACCAGUAAAAGAGCCGAACAGUGAAAACGUGGACAUCAGCACUGGGGGCGGAGUCACGGGCUGGAAGACCAAGUGCUGCAGUUGAACACACACACACAUGUACACACGUCACACAAACACAAUCUUUUCUUCUGUAUCCCUCUUUCUUACCCCCUCACCUUCUCUCUUCAUUCACUCAUCCUUUGUUUCCGUCUAACACUCUUCCGUUCUGUCUUUCUCAUGGGAUUCUCUGUAAAACACAACUCUAACGUUUCUCACACAACUGCUUGCUGACAUCAUUUUUAUUUCUGUAAAAAAAUGUAAAGAGAAGUCGUUUCAUGUUUCUUCUUAUUUUAAACUUUAAAGAAAGAACGAAAUUAGUUUAAACAAACAAACAAAACAAAGGCGCAUUCACCACUACACGAAGACCAGCAGUGGACCUGGAGACGCUGUAUGUCGGCGCAAAGGAACGGCGAAGCGUUCAGUAUGACAUCAUAGAUGAAGACUUUGUCCAGUGUUAGUGUGAGAUCUUCUCUAGCUGGGGUUAUUUGAUUUUUUUUGUUUUUUUCGUCCGGUGCCUUAAAGUAGAGCAUAUAAGCUCAUCCCCCCCACCCCAAAACACACACAUAUAACCAUCACUCUUCUGUAACCCAUCCAGACACAAACAAACAAUGGUCCUCACCUGACCCCCGCAAGCUGGACCCCACACAUGCCCAAGCGGAACCAUCCAUUCUGUUUGCACAGAAGAGAAUGGCAUUAUAUUUUUGUUUUUAAAUCUAAUUUUUUUCUUUAUUACUCAGAAUGAUUGUUUUAUGAAUAUCGGUAUGUAUUUUUUUGUUUACCCUCACUCAGUUACUCAUUCUCUCCUGCAUGCUGGUUUCUUUGGGUUUUUGGGGUCUUUUGUAAGUUUUGCCAUGUUUGUAAUUCACAGGAAGUAUCUCUUCUAGUCAAGAUACGUGUCAGGGAGGGGAGUGUUCUCUUUGGAAAUUCAAACAAUUUUGCAGAUCCAUUAAAAAUAAGCUUGUUUAAGUUA